GGCUACGAAAUCGUACCUAUCGUGAGGCGAGUGCACACGCCACUUGCACCAGUCGGCCGCGAGAAAGGGACGGAACAAGUGUCGAGAGAACAUGGCGGCGCAUUGGAACGUGCCACAGUGAUGCAGCGUACGCGCAGCGAGAUCGUCCACCUUGAGUGACCAAAGAGAUCGUGGCCCCGCAACGCUAAACACUCGUUUGGCCAAAUGACAUGGGAAUUUGUAAUCGAAGGCAUUUUCUGCUGACAAUAUGCGUCCUACAACUCAUCACUACCAUAGAGCGCCAGGUCUUCGACUUUCUGGGCUUUAUGUGGGCUCCGAUACUGGUCAAUUUCUUCAAUAUUAUAUUUGUAAUCUUAGGAUUUUUUGGGGCCUUUCAAUAUAGACCUAAAUAUAUCAUAUCAUAUUGUGUAUGGAAUGCACUAUGGCUGGGGUGGAAUAUAUUCAUGAUAUGUUUCUAUCUGAAUGUGGGUGUGCUGGACAAUAAUAGUGAUAUUUUAAACCUUGGUACUGGUAGCUUUUCUUGGUGGCAUGUCAAUGGACCAGGUUGCAAAGCUAUUUAUGAUGUUACUGAACCAGAAUUAUUCAGACCUGCCCGACCUACAAAUGUGACAGAUUGUGUGCUAGAUUAUGAAGUAGUUGAAAUUUUACAUGCAUCUACUCAAUGCAUCUUAGGUUUUAUUGCAAUCAUUGGUGGUAUUUGUUUAAGUAAAGUUUUCCUGGAGGAAGAUGACAGUUUUGACUUUGUGGGAGGUGAUGACUUUGGGUUGGCAGGCCACACGCCGUUGCAUCCUAUGUACGUUAGCUACUCGGCUCUUCCAUCACCUGCCCACCCUCACAAAAAUUCCGCUCAAAAUUACCCUGCAGGCACAGCUAGCUCUCAUCAAUCUGUUAGUCAUGAUAACAGCUUCCCAAAGCAUAACGAUAAGCUGUACAACAACUCCGUACGGAGUAAAUGUAGUUUCAGAAACGACACAAUCAGAACUGACCAUAGCAACGUAUCAAAUCGCGAUCUAAAGUAUGUUGACUACUCGAACGAUUAUUCGAACCCGUUGGAUCAUUUACAAAGGCCCGUGUCUCCGUACGACGAGUACGAUUCAUUGGACAGUGCCGCUAAAUUAAAGUAUCAAAAGAACAAAAUGUACUAUCCACAUUCGUCUAAGUAUAGUCCCGUUGCAUCGCCGCGUAUUAAAUCUCGUCCCGCCGCCGCCGCUAAACAAAAUAAAACCUCCAACAAGCCUAGAGUCUUUACAGAUCAUAUUCGUGAACAACCAUUGAGAUCGUUUUAUUCUGAUCCGAGAUUGGCAAUCGAGAAUCAACAGAAUGUAAAUGAACAAGAGAAACAGAUUAGGUCUAAAAGGGACAGCAGACCUUUGUCGUUAUAUGCCACCCAAGCUAAAAGGAAGAAGAAGCAGCCAAGACCAUUGUAUAGCAUUGAGUACUCACAGCCAGAACCAACAGUACACGAUGACAGUGUGUCCCCAAAACCAAUGACACCUCGUAGAGUGAAAAGAAGAUCAGUGAUCUCUCGUGAUGGAACAAGGAGAUCCAGUAGAAGAAGUUCAGUGAGACAAUCUCGUAGAAAAAAUCCUGUGAACCGAAUAAUGGAUCACCAGGAGAGCCUAUAUGCCAAUACUACUCCUAGUAACUUGACCAACCAAAAUGUGAAUUCAUUGUCUCAAGGGACGCUCAAUUAUGAUAGAAUCUCUAUGAGUUGGGACAGAGAUAGGAACUCUAACUGGCAGCCAGAAGCAGUGAACAUGGCUGUGUCCUCUCCUACAUUAUGGAACCAGGAUUCUUCUAACAAUUAUUCUAAUACAAGUAACUACACAAAUCAGAAUUAUCCUAAUUGGGAUGGUAGCAGUUCUACUAGAAAUUUGACUGACAAUUGGCAGCCAAGUGAAUUGAGUCCCAUGCAAUGGCAAGGUCAGAGUAACCCCACUUUUCAGCAGACUAGUACACAGAGUUUGAAUGGGGAAGAUCUGGAUGAGAUUUACAAUAAUCGACCAGCCAGUGCUAGGUCCAGUUACAGUAAUUAUCAUGGGGUGAGGGCUACACCUCAGGUUCCCAAUAGAACAGAUAUUGUCAGGCAGAGCCAGAGGCAAUUUGUUCUCAGUGGACCACCUGCUUAUCAGGAUACAGUGAUUUAA